AAGGAGCAGUCGGUGAGCCGCGCUCAUUCUUAGGCGGGACGUUGUGCAGCACGGUUAAACGUGACCGAGUUAUUCGUAAUAUAUAUCAAAAGCGAUCGUUCGCGAGAGCAGUGCUAUCGGUAUACAAGAGAAUACCUCUUUAGUGGCUUGGUGAAAGGGACACGAGUGUGGUCAAAGCAGAAAUCAUGGCUGACAGUGGUAUCAAGCGUAAUAUUCCCAUCAAGCUGGGUGACUUCAGCGUGAUCGACACCGAAUUUUCCAACAUCCGCGAACGCUUUGACGCCGAGAUGAAAAAGAUGGAGGACGAGAUGUCACGAUUCCGUAGCGAGUUGAUGAAUCGCGAAAGCAACAACUUCUUUAAGAGCACAACCAGUGAUUUUUCUCUCUUCCUGAAUCGAAGGAUCUUCCUUCGCUUUACUCUCGAUACAAACAUGAUCGUCGAUCGGGAUGUAUUUCCGGCGGAACACAAAACGGUGAUCAAGCUGCGUCGACAUCACACGAGCUCCAGCGAACACCGUACAUCGACGACCUCGAAGACCGAAGGUUGGGACAAGGUCGAUCCUGCAGCACCGCCAAAGCGGUCCGCAUUCGACAGCUUCAAAAGCACCACCACGAGCACUCAGAACAGUUCUCUGAGCCCUCAGCACGACUCGGCCUGGUUGGACGGUUUGAACAGCCCUCUGAUCCAAGAUGAAGGCGACAGUAAAAUGUUGAAGCUCCGAUUCGACGUCUCUCAGUACACCCCAGAGGAAAUUGUUGUCAAGACCGUGGACAAUAAACUGUUGGUCCACGCGAAACACGAGGAAAAGACAGAGAGCAAAUCGGUGUACAGAGAGUACAACCGUGAGUUCCUGUUGCCAAAAGGAACCAACCCAGAGAGCAUCAAGUCUUCGUUGAGCAAGGACGGUGUCCUUACCGUGGAGGCUCCACUUCCGGCAAUUGGAACGGGCGAGAAGCUCAUCCCGAUUGCGCACCAGUAGAAAUCCCAACAAAAUACACGAGAACAAUUUCCUUGAAAUCUCCUUCGAUACUCCAUCAUUCGUGUGCCCUCCGGAUCGCUCUUUCCUGCUCUUUCCCAUCAAUUCCCGUAAGUUCAUUCUUUAUUUUUCUUUUUAUUCAAUCCUUUUAUCGCUGUGAAUUUCUAGUUUCUCUCAUCUUAUUCUCAAUUUCUUUUUCUUCCGAAUUCGCGAUGAUCAAUCGCUUCCUUUUUGAAAAGAAAUUAUUUGAGACGUACAAUAAAAUUAAAAACAAAGACUAGGUUCACAGCGCGUUCAACGAAGAGAAAUGUUCUUUAGAAUUCUUUCGACCAAUUAUUUCUUUCUCGUGACUUUGCAUAGUACAAGAUGCUGAAAAAGAAAGUACAUCGAAAACAACAAGAAUUCUUUUAUUCUUUUUGAGAAAUUCAACUCCAGCGGAAACGAACGAAUAAACGUUCUAGAAUCUAGAUCGAAUAAGAAAAGGGUUAAUGAAUUUUGAAGUUCACAAAUUAAUCGUUUAUUCGAAAGCUGGCAAGUUGUUCUAAGAGACGCCUAAUUUUGUAUAAAAAUUAAUAUAUAACUAUUUGGUAUGCAAAGUUUUUCUUUUUCGAUUAGCUUUGUCGCUUUGAUACUUCUUUGAGAUACACGUGUUUUUACCAUCGUUUUGGCCAGAAUUUAUGGUCGACGAAAUAUACAAAAAUAUAUAUAUAUAUAUACACAUAUAUAUGAAGAUUAUAAUCUUAAGACAUAACAGCGACGCUUGGACGUCGUGAGAAUCGUAAAGAAUCUAAGAUAUUUGAUAAAUAAUUUUUCUUUUUUUUUUUCGUAUGACCAGCUUCGGUACUUUUCUUUUUUUCAAACAUGACAAAAAUUUUUUCCAGAAACACGCAUUGCCUUUGAUGUUGUUUCAUGAAAAAUACGAAUAAAAAAAAAA